AUGGGCAAAACCGACAAGCAUCGCCGAGCGUCGUCAGUGAGCUCUUCUCUACCACCGAUAUCCCAGGAUGGGUCAUUCCACGGGGCUCCUCCUGUUCCCGAGCGCUCGACGUAUCGACUUUCGAAUGGCCGUGCUAUGGGGUUGCCUGGUUUCGAAUUCGAGAACCACAAUCCACCGCAAUAUGGCACCUAUUCUGAGGCCUACAGCUCAGUAACUGAAAAGCAUAGCGAACGGUCGGUGGCGUCAGCAAAUGGAUCAAAUAGCACAUCUGCUUCAAAAAAGUAUGGCUGGCGAAAAUUGGUAUUAUAUGGCGUGAUAAUCGCGCUGGUUAUCUUGGGCAUAGGAUUAGGGGUCGGUCUUGGUUUGGGAAACCGGCAUAAGAGCUCAAGUACAAGUCAAAAUGAGUCUAUUGGCAGUGCCAGCAGUAGCAGUAGCAGUCCUCCGAGCAGCGAAUCAGGCUCAGCUCAAGACGCGCCUCCCGCGAAUCUAGCUUCUACCACAACCUUUCCUGCGGGCUCAUACACCUUCAAUACCUACCUUUCCCCUCCCGUGACAGACUGUACCAGCAAUCCAUCGACCUGGCUCUGUUAUCCGUACUCCACUUAUGGCGAAUCAGCCUCGUCCUCUAGCGCGGCAUUCGACUGGGUCAUCUCGAAGGUCCCAAACACACCAAACAACUAUAGUAUCUCCUCGACGAAAAAUCCAAUUGACCUGACUUUCACCAAUCUCCCCUUAACUCUGAAAUCCGCCGGCACGGCAGAAGAGCAUUAUUUCCUCCAAACACCCAUGGAGAAAACUACCAAGCCCACAACCCAAUUGGGCAGUGAUAGUGUGGCCGCCACGUGCCAUUUCACUGAUACCACAUUCCAGGCCUAUCUAUAUACGAAAAAACCAAAAACAUACCCGAAGAGCGAUGAGAAUGGUGCCUACACGGCUUGGCCGCAUGCUGUGAAGGUUGAGCAGGUAUCCGGGGGCGGGGCCGGAACCCCUUCGUGUAUUGGACCGAGUGGAAGCUCCCUGGGAGACUUUAGUGUGGAAGACAAUGGACUGCUAUGCGAUUGUUUAUAUCUCAAUACUGGGACUUGA